AUGAGCAUCCAGCUUAAUUGGACACUAGCUUUCAAAUUACGACUCUUCAUUGAGACGUUGACGUUUAUUAUAAAUAUACCCCAUAUUUUCUCACUUUUCUUUCUCUUUUCUUUGUCUUUUUUCACUUCUUGUUUCUUUUCUUUCUUUCCCUUUUCUUUUUCUUUCCUAAUUUUCUUUCUCACCAUAUUUCCUUCUUUUUUUUCAUUAUACAUUUAUUUUUUUUUGUUAUUAUCUUUUCAAAAAUGUAUUCACAUUUUUUACUUCCUUUCUUUUCUCGUCUCUUUCCCUAAAAUUCUUUCGAAGUUUCCUUCUUUCUUCAGUUAUUCAUUUUACAUAAACAUUUUUCUUUCAUUUUUUUUCAUUUUUAUUUCUCUAAGUUUCAGUCGAAUCUACAUUAAAUUUCUCUUUCUUUCUUUCUUUCUUUCUUUCUUUCUUUUGAUUUUCAGUCGAAUAUUUCAUUUCUUCCUUUUUUCCUUAAUUUUCAACCGAAUUUUCUUUCUUUCUUUCUUUCUUUCUUUCUUUCUUUCUUUCUUUCUUUCUUCGAUUCGAAUAUUUUCUUUCUUUCUUUCCUUAACUUGCAAUCGAAUUUUUUUUCUUUUCUUUUCUUUUCUUUCUUUCUUUCUUUCUUCCGCAUUCGUAACUCUUCCGCAGUUCUGCCAUACACUCACACAAACUGAUCAGAUAUGUGGCCUCUCGUUUACCACUGUUCAUUAUGCCUUCAUAUCUAUCUAUCUAUCUAUCUAUCUAUCUAUCUAUGUUCAUAUCUAUCUAUCUAUAUAUAUAUUUUUGUUCACAUCUAUCUAUCUAUCUAUCUAUCUAUCUAUCUAUCUCUAA